CACGCCCCUCUCGCUCUGGUCCCGCUCCGCCUCUUUCCUUGUCUGUCAAGUUCGCCCUUUGUCUUGUCUUAGGACUGACUGGUUGAUGCUUGUGUGUCGAAUUUGGCCACUCUGGUCGCACCCUGCCUGCAGCAGCUUCUCUGGAUCGCUUUACGGUAAGGGUGGGGUUGGGUGGGGUCCUUGUAAUGCCUGAUGAUGGUGUUGUGUUGUUUCGAUGAGCGUGUUUUCGUGAUUGAUGGGUUUGAACCAGUGAGAAGUGUGGUGGUGGUGGCGGACGUGGUGGUUGUGACCUCCACAAACGAGUCUGUGCAUGCACCUGGGUGUGAGCGUCGGUGUAACUUCUGGGUGUCGGGGUUUCGUUUACCUGAGUUUGAUUGUGGUGUGAAUUUAGAGAGCUUGUUUAGGGUGGGUAAAUCCAGUACAGUUUAUUUUUUUGGCUAUCAAAUGAAGAGAGUGAAAGAUAUCGAUGGAUGUGGAAGUUAGCAGAAGAAGAAGAAGAAGAAGAGAAAGCUGUGUAUAGCUCCGAACUGACACUAUUUUUCCUCCCUGCUGGAAUUGAUGUGGAGUAAUUGCAAACAAUGGGAAAGAUGCAAUCGGAUACGAAAUGAGGUAGAGAGUUGUAAAUGUCGGAGCAGAAAGAGGGAAUGAAGGCAUGUAGCAACGAUGCAGAUAUCCCGAGCAAGCACGGAAGAGCAGGUAGCUGCCAACAGAACAGGGAGGCAUUACAACGAUUGAAUUUGGAGGUGGUCACUCGGAACUUGAUUCUGAGACAGAUUCGCGAAUCUUCUGUGCACGCCGGCGUGUCAAUUAUGACGUUGCUGCGACGUUGUCUGGAAUCAAAUGACGAGCGUUCUUCUGUGGUCGCACUUUCGGGAUACACUGAGCACUUCCAGAGUAGGGUUGAUGAAGACCUCGGCUGGGGCUGCGGAUGGCGUAAUAUUCAGAUGUUGAGCUCGUACAUGCUUGCGCAGGAUCCAGAGUGCAAGGAAGUUCUCAUGGGCGGAGCGGGCUUCGUGCCGAACUUCGCUGCGAUACAGCAAUGGCUGGAAAUUGCGUGGCUGAAAGGGUUUGAUGUCCUGGGCGCGGACUAUUUCGAUUGGCGAAUUCGGGACACGAAGAAGUGGAUCGGAACUACAGAAUGCGCCGCAGUGAUGCGUUCCUUUGGAAUGCUAGCACGUAUUGUAGACUUCCGCACCGCGCCUAGUAAGCGAGGGACGAACUGUUUGGAAGGCCAGGGGGAAUCGCGUUCAGAGAAACCUAUUUAUCAAGGUAGUAGUAUCGAAGACGAGGAGUCGAACAAUUUCAGUCGGCUAUCAUUGUCCAGCAGUAGCCGGCGCUCUGAUGACAAUACGAAUCCAUCCCAUGAGCCGAGUUCUCCUACCCCCCCAGCAGAAGAAGAAGAAGCCAGGGACUCACCGGAAGAACAUCGUCUCAUCGUUCUUCCCGAUCAGAAGGAAGAACUGCACUUUUUACGAUAAAGCCCGGACGAUCCUGACAUAUGUCUCACGUGCAUGGAAGAGCAUAAGAACAGCGCGUUUUCGAACUACCUGCACACAACUAGCCAUGCAGACAAUCCAGUCCGAACAAGGGUAAGUCAGGGGGACCGCAUGAAUCGCAUUCAUCCAGAGUAGAAAUCAACCACAAGUACAUGACCGAUUGGAUCUGGAAGUAUUUCAACGGCGAGGAGAGUGGCAGUUCCGACAAGGAAUCAGGGGUAGGAGCAGCUUUUGAAGCUCUGCAUGCACUCUUUGAACCAGUCAGAGUACCAGCUGUGCUACAUCGAUCUUGGCAUUGCCCAUGGAUUGGAACACGAGAGCUUCAAAUUAUUCAGCAACUUAUGGUUCAUGUAUUGAUGUCCAUAGAAGAGAUACUGCAUCCCACCAUUUUGAUGGUUAGUUUCUUCGCUCUAUUAGGGUUAUUGUUGCAGUCUUUAGAUGCAUGUUGAAGAUUAGCAAGUACUUGCUUAGUUAUAACCACAUAGAAAUUAAGCAUAGUAUGUUGCUAAUAAUCAAAAGGUAGCAAAGAGUUAUAGAAAAUUACAGUAUCUAAGAUUUAGUUGGAUGAAGUAGAAAUGGAUGUAAUAUCAAAAGGAUGGAAGUUGCCUUGUUGAUAAGAAAACCAGCACUUAUAAGUAAAGGAUGUUGGAAGUAAGAAUUAUCUUUUUCUACA